CCGUAAUAGCUUUGGCUAAGUACUUCUCCCCGCCUGGUGAGCUAACACCGGAAGUUCUGUAUCGAGAGAUCCCUCCGCGGCAACACGUGACUUCGGCUAGCUGUAAACCUGAAAAGUAGUGUACUUUUCUCUUUUCAUGGGGCCUUCAGGAUAGUCUGUUAACUCCACAGCUACUCCCCGAGCACAGUGGAGGAGGGUUGGGGAGGGCCAAGACGUCAAUGGGACGCAGUUGGGUGGGUCUGCGGCCGGGUCAUGUGAUCGGCGGGAGGAUGCGCGGUGUGCUGCGUCCCGUGCAGUAUAUAAGAGGGUGUGCAGGGCGUGUCGCGGCCAUUUCUCCUUUCUCUGCGACACAUGAAGAUCUGUACGCUGUCGCGCCUUUCCUCUUCCCCUCCCGCAGGGAUUGCGGCCACCAUGGCGUAUUAGAGGCAGCAGUGCCUGCGGCAGCGUUGGCCUUUGCAGCGGCGGCAGCAGCACCAGGCUCUGCAGCGGCAGCCCCCACCGGCUUAAGACAUGGCGCUCUUCACGAAAUCCAGCAGCAGCGUUGCUGUAACGGACAAAGACACCUUCGACUUACGCACAUUCCUCGAUUCCAGCAAAGCCCUACAAUAUGACCGAGAUGAGCUUCCUGAACAGCGAAGUGUUGGCGGGGGACUUGAUGUCCCCCUUCGACCAGUCGGGUUUGGGGGCUGAAGAAAGCCUAGGUCUCUUAGAUGACUACCUGGAGGUGGCCAAGCACUUCAAACCUCAUGGGUUCUCCAGCGACAAGGCUAAGGCGGGCUCCUCCGAAUGGCUGGCUGUGGAUGGGUUGGUCAGUGCCUCAGACACCGGCAAGGAGGAUGCUUUCUCCGGGACAGAUUGGAUGUUGGAGAAAAUGGAUCUUAAAGAGUUUGACUUUGAUGCUCUGUUUCGUAUGGAUGACUUGGAAACCAUGCCAGAUGAGCUUUUGGCCACGUUGGAUGACACAUGUGAUCUUUUUGCCCCUCUAGUCCAAGAGACUAAUAAGGAGCCCAUGACAGUGAACCCAAUUGGCCAUCUCCCAGAAAGUGCAACAAAAACCGACCAGGUUGCCCCCUUUGCAUUCUUGCAGCCUUUCCCCUGUUCCCCAGGGGUCCUGUCUUCCACUCCAGAUCAUUCCUUCAGUUUAGAGCUAGGCAGUGAAGUUGAUAUCUCUGAAGGAGAUAGGAAGCCUGACUCAGCUUCUUACAUUACUCUAAUCCCUCAGUGUGUAAAGGAUGAAGACACCCCUUCAGAUAAUGACAGUGGCAUCUGUAUGAGCCCUGAGUCCUAUGUGGGUUCUCCCCAGCAUAGCCCCUCCAUCUCCAGGGCAUCACCAAGCAGUCUGCCUUCUCCGGGUGUUGCCCGUGGGUCUCCUCGACCCAAACCUUACGACCCCCCUGGAGUUACUUUGACAGCCAAGGUAAAAAUUGAAAAGUUGGACAAGAAGCUGAAAAAAAUGGAGCAAAACAAGACAGCAGCCACUAGAUACCGCCAGAAGAAGCGUGCUGAGCAGGAAGCCCUCACUGGCGAGUGCCAGGAGCUAGAAAGGAAGAAUGAAGCCCUGAAGGAGAAGGCAGAUUCUCUUGCCAAGGAGAUUCAGUAUCUAAAAGAUUUGAUAGAAGAGGUCCGUAAGGCAAGGGGGAAGAAGAGAGUUCCCUAGUAGGGUAGUUGGGUGCUUUGUGCUUGUACAUAGUCUUGUGAUGAAGCUGUGUUUGCUGUAAUAAAUUAUUUUGUAGUAGAGUAUCA